AUGAACGGAGACAAUUACUCCGCGAGAGACGCGGGUCGUCCCCGAGAGCAUCAUGGUUCGAGGUAUGACCGUGACGACCGCAGAGACCGCGACCGAAACCGAGAUCGAGGCGAGCGAAGACGGUCGAGAUCCCCACACCACCGACCGGCGCGACGUGACUACGAAGGCGACACAUAUUCCUCCAGCCGGGACUAUCGCGCUCGGGAGCGAGAAGACAGAUACGGGUCCAGAAGAGAUGAUCGCGGUGACUGGGACCGAGACCGGGGCCAACGCCGACGUGACGACGAUAGACCGCCGAGGAGGGAUCGCGAUCUCUUCGACGAUCGAAGAGGAGGUGGCCGCGGCGGCGGUGGUGGUGGACGUGACCGUGAUGGCGGCGGACGGGAAGACCGCGACGAGUUCGCCGCUCAAGCGCGCGGGCGCCGAACCAACAGUCCUCCUCCCAAGAAGCGCGAACCCACACCGGACCUGACAGACGUCGUGCCCAUCCUGGAGCGCAAGAGAAGGUUAACACAAUGGGACAUCAAGCCGCCUGGCUACGAGAACGUCACGGCCGAACAGGCAAAGAUGUCCGGCAUGUUCCCGCUGCCCGGCGCGCCUCGUCAACAGCAGAUGGAUCCCAGCAGAUUACAAGCGUUCAUGAACCUUCCCUCCAGCAGUGCUAAUAACACCGCGCUCAAACCGUCCAAUGCGCGACAGUCGAAGCGGCUGUUCGUUCACAACCUCCCGGCCUCUGUCACGGAGGACGGUCUCGUGCAGUUCUUCAACAUGCAGCUCAACGGUCUCAACGUGACCAAGAGCAGCGACCCCUGUGCCCAGGCCAAUAUUGCCGAAGACCGAAGCUUCGCGUUGGUCGAGUUCAAAACCGCAUCCGACGCCACUGUCGCCUUGGCCCUGGACGGCAUCACGAUGGAAGAGCAUCAUUCCGAGCUCAACGGCAAUGGAAACGGAACCGCCGCGCCCAAGGGUCUAGAAAUCCGCAGACCGAAGGACUACAUCGUCCCCUCGGCCGACGAGGGCGCCUACACUGAAGGCGAGAUCUCGUCGGAAGUGCCCGACACCGCGAACAAGCUGGCCGUCACCAACCUCCCGCCAUUCCUGACGGACGACCAGGUCAUCGAAUUAUUGAAAGCGUUCGGCGAGUUGAAGGCUUUCGUUCUGGUUCGAGAACCGGAUUCUCAAGAGUCAAGAGGCAUCGCUUUCUGCGAAUACGCCGAUCCGGCCGCGACAACUGUCGCCAUGGAAGGCCUGAACGGCAUGGACCUCGCCGGCCACACGAUCAAAGUGACCCGCGCCAGCAUCGGCUACCAACAAGCCGCCGGCCUCGACAUGGGCGUCAACGCCAUGUCCAUGUUCGCCGGCACCACCUCGGACGGUCUCGAGGAGAGUCGGGUCUUGCAGUUGUUGAAUAUGGUGACUCCUGAAGAUCUGAUCGACAAUGACGAUUACGAAGAAAUCUGCGAAGACGUCAUGGAAGAAUGCUCCAAAUACGGCAAGAUCCUGGCCAUGAAGAUCCCCCGGCCCUCCGGCGGCAGCAGACAGUCUGCGGGCGUGGGCAAGAUCUUUUUGAAAUACGAGGACGCCGCGUCCGCGAAGAAAGCCUUGCAGGCCCUGGCUGGGCGCAAGUUCGCCGACCGGACUGUCGUGACCACUUAUUUCGACGAAGUAUGUUCCGCAUUCCCCCUUUCUUACACAUGCUAUAUCUAUCUGUUUCCGCGAAGCACGUCGUUCUACUUUCGUGUGUGUGGUUCGGGCGACUGA